CACUCACACACAAAUCAGGUCGGGUCUCGGGAACCUUUUAAUACCCAUCUCCGCCCCCGUUUGAAGCGUCAGAGCACCAGCUCUCAAGGGGCUCUCCAACACAGAGCCAGUCCACACGCUCCUCCAAACUUUACGCACGGAUGUACUCCUGUGGAACUAUUUGACUGUGGAUUUUCAUGUCAUUUAGCCGAGCCGUAUUGUUCCAAACAACUUUUCUACCGAUUGGAAGCAGUCCCAGACUGUUGAAUACUUCUAAAGCUUAACUUUUGAGAACUUUUUCCUAUUUUUUUUAUUUGAUUCGCCUCAUUCCAGCAGACAGAUGCAGUAAAUCUAUAAAAAAUGACCGCUUACUUGUCAAAGUGUCUGGUCUUGGCGCUGUGUAUCAGCGCGCACAGGCUCUUGGCAGACCCCCGGGUUGAGGAGGAUGAUGGAUCCGGUGACAGCGCCUCGACCCUGGCCUUUGUGUUCGAUGUUACCGGCUCCAUGUACGACGAUCUGAAACAGGUGAUAGAGGGGGCCUCGCGGAUCCUGGAAAAGACCCUCAGUCGGAUUACCAGACCCAUCAAAAACUUUGUCCUGGUCCCCUUCCAUGACCCAGAUAUCGGCCCUGUGUCCAUCACCACCGACCCAAAGAAGUUCCAGCAGGAUCUGCAAGAGCUGUUUGUCCAGGGUGGGGGUGACUGCCCUGAGAUGAGCAUAGGAGCCAUAAAGAAAGCCUUGGAGGUCUCCCUGCCUGGAUCUUUCAUCUACGUCUUCACUGAUGCAAGAGCAAAAGACUAUCGCCUAAAAAGAGAUGUUCUGCAGCUGGUGCAGCUCCGACAAUCCCAGGUUGUGUUUGUGUUGACGGGGGACUGUGGGGAUCGCUCUCAGCCCGGCUACAGGGCGUACGAGGAGAUAGCAGCAACUUCGUCCGGGCAAAUCUUUCACCUGGACAAACAGCAGGUCAACGAGGUUUUAAAGUGGGUAGAGGAAACAGUCCAAGCUCUGAAGGUCCACCUGCUCUCCUCCAACCAUGACAGUGCCCAGGAAAACAAGUGGGAGGUGCCCUUUGACCCCAGCCUGCGAGAGGUCACUGUGUCACUCAGUGGACCAGCACCACAAAUUGAGCUCAGCGAUCCCUUUGGCCGUGUCGUUGGUGAAGACCAGGGCCUUCAGGAACUGCUGAACAUUCCCAACUCUGCUCGAGUUGUCAAUCUAAAGUUUCCCAGACCAGGGGCUUGGAAACUGAAGGUGAGCUGCAAUGGGCGCCAUACCCUGAGGGUCACAGGAGUCAGCAAUCUAGACUUCCGUGCAGGCUUUUCCAGUGUACCUGUUACUGAGUUCAACCACACCAGAGAGAGGCCAAUAAAAGGACUUCCAGCUCAUGUUUUGCUGAAAUGCACAAACCUGAAACCCCCAGGACAGCUGAGCAAUGUGGAGCUUGUGUCAGGCUCAGGCCGCUCCUUACGCACCAUCGCUGUGCCUCUGCCCUCUGACCUCGGCCAUCAAGGGUUGUGGAGUCUCCCGGAGUUCCGCACACCUUCCCAGAGCUUUUUCAUCAAGGUGAUGGGAAAAGACAACGAAGGCUACCGCUUCCAGAGGCUGUCCAGUGUCUCCUAUACCAACAUCGUUCCAGAUCCUCCGGUUGUAAGUAUGCCUGAUGUGGUGAAGGGCUACUACAUGCAGCCUGCUGUGAUUGGCUGCUCGGUGGAGAGUGACAUUCCCUACAGGCUUAGAUUCACCAGAAGUGGGACUAUGCUGGGAGAGGAGAAGUUCUUUCAGAACUCUGCCAUAGCAUCAUGGGAGAUUUCCCAUGUGUCAGGUGAGGAUGAAGGCCUGUAUGAGUGUGUAGCCCAGAGCACCGCUGGACAGGGACGUGCCUUAACACAGUUGACCGUAAGAGAGCCUCCUCCAGUCCUGAAGCCAGCGGUUAAUGUGACUUCCUCCAUUGGAGGCGUGGCCUUGCUCUCCUGCCAGGUAGAAGGCUCUAUGCGCCACAACCUGACCUGGUACCGAGCAGGUCGUAUCAUCAGAGCCCGUGCAGGGAGGGUGAAGCUGCUGGCUGACUCGUCCCUGCAGAUCAGUCCAGUGAGGACUCAGGAUGCUGGGGACUACCGCUGUGUGGCCACCAACGCCCACGGAGACAGCAGAAUCACUGUGCGGCUUCUUGUCCCAGAGGCUCCUUCUGUGGAAGUUCACCCCCAGAGUCAGGCUUUCUCCCGAGGGGAAAAGAUCCGCCUCGUCUGCUUGGCGUCCGGCUCCCCCCCUCCCCAGCUCUUCUGGAGCCAUGGAAACAUGUUCCUUACUAAUCGGCCGAGGUUCGACCUUAGCCAGUAUGGAGUUCUGGAUAUUAGAGGGGCCCUCCCGGAGGAUGCUGGGAACUACACAUGUUUAGCAACCAAUGAGGCUGGGAGUGCCUCUCAGUCUGUGUCUCUGACUUUUGCAGAGGUGCCCAGAAUAAUUGUGGAACAGCAGGUCAUACUUGUAUCUGUUGGUGGUGAUGCCACUCUGGAGUGUAAAGCCACAGGCACUCCCCCUCCUCUUGUCCACUGGUACAAAGGUGAGCUUGAGGUGGGCUCAGCUCCUUUUGUUGAGCAGGAUGUACACCGUGGCACAUUGCACAUUCGAGGGGUUCAAGAGGUCGACGCUGGUCAGUACAGCUGUGUGGCCAGCAGCUCUGCUGGAACCUCUGCUGGCAUUGUCAGUCUGGAAGUUGGAGCGGGCCCAUUGUUCUCUGAGGCACCGGUUGACGUGACAGCUAGCGUAGGGGAGAACAUCACCCUCCCCUGCACUGCCCGAGGUGCCCCGCAGCCGACAGUAACCUGGCGCAGACAGGACGGCAGACAGAUUGCUACAUGGUCAGACAGCCACAGUAGAACAAUGCAUCUGGAGAAUGGACAUCUUCUAAUCCAGAGUGUGUGGCUGGAUGAUGAGGGGCUGUACAUCUGCGAGGCCCAGAAUCAGUUUGGAACCAUCAGGACUGAAGCCAGAGUUAGUGUCACUGGACUGGAACCUCCUCUCUUGGCCCAGGGCACCCCAAUCAUCACUACUGGUAUUGGUCAGUCCCUGAGUAUCCCUUGCAUGCUACUGGAUGGAAUACCUCUUCCUGAAAGACACUGGACCCAAAAUGGAAAACCUGUCCAGCUGAAUGGAAGAAUGUUCAUGAGGAGUGAUGGUAGUUUAUACAUCGAAAGAGCCAGCUCAGAGGAUGCUGGUACAUAUGUCUGCACUGCUGUGAAUGUAGCAGGCAUUAUGAACAUCACAGUUAGCCUGGAGGUCCAAGUGCCCCCUGAGAUCAUCGCCGGUCCGUACCACUACAUAGCCAAUGAGGGUGUGGCCAUCACACUGUCAUGCGAGGCCAGUGGAGUUCCCAAGCCAAAAGUUGUCUGGUCCAAGGGGAGGCAGCCGCUGCUCAAGGACCGCUCCUCCCUUCAAUCUGACCCAGAUGGAUACCUCCUCAUCCCCCAACCCGCCACUCAAGAUGCUGGGAUCUACAUCUGCACUGCCACCAGUCCUGUGGGCUACGCUAGCCGAGAGAUCCAGCUUAGUGUCAACACCAUGCCUAAGAUAAUGGGUGUGAGUGGCCAUGACAACACGGUGAAGAUGGCUGCAGAGGUGGGCGCUGAGGUUGUUCUCCCAUGUGACGCCCAGGGGAGUCCCUCUCCACUUGUUACAUGGAGCCGAAAUGGGCAUCCAAUCCCCCCUGUGACAGCUGGGUUCACGGUUCUGCCUUCAGGCUCUCUGAGGAUCACUGAUGUGCGCCUGAUUGAUAGUAAACUUUACACCUGUACUGCAGAAAACCCAGCAGGCAACAUGUCCCUAAGCUACAAUUUACACAUUCAAGCUAAGCCCAGAAUUCAGCCAGCACCUUCCCUCCUGAAAGCUCUGAUUGGACAAACGGUGACUUUGCCAUGUGUGGUCCAAGGAGAGCCAAGCCCUGAGGUCAGCUGGUUUCACAAUGCACUUCCCAUUGGGGUCAAAAAUACUACUCCACUCAGGAUCCAGAAGGUCAGCCUCGCUGAUCAGGGCACUUACCGCUGUGUGGCCAGGAACAGUGCAGGACAGGAAACCUUGGAGAUCAAGCUGGAAAUACUUGAGGCCCCAUCCUUUGCGGAACCUGGAGAUGCAAUCAUGGAAAAAGUAACAAACAGCAAGGUCAUCAUCCCCUGCCCCGCUGCAGGGUCACCUCCUCCCAAGGUACGCUGGUUUAAGAACGGCCUGGAGAUAUACCCUGAACAAUCAGAGUUUUCUGUGGGUAGGGAUGGAGCUCUUAUAAUUAGCACAGCAUCUGCCAGCCACAGUGGGGACUUUAAGUGUGUGGCUACCAAUGAUGCAGGCUCUGUGGAGAGAAAGACAAGGCUGAAAGUAAAUGUUCCCCCGGAGAUCCAAGAUGACGGGCAGCCACUGAACCUCACUGUCACCUUGAGGCAGCCUCUUACUCUGGGCUGUGAUGCUUUUGGGAUCCCCUCCCCAACAAUCACCUGGACUAAGGAUGAUCGCCUUGUGGACAGUCCUGGGGUUUACCUGCAGAAUGGGAACAGGAUGCUGAGAAUCUACAGAGUUCAGCCAGAACAUGCAGGAAGCUUUGUCUGCACAGCUCAGAACUCUGCUGGAGAGGCCCGGAGGGAAUAUCACAUUGUGGUGCAAGCUCCGCCAGUGAUCUCAGGAACAUCCCGCAUGCAGGAGAUGAAUGUGGUUCUGGGCCAGGAGGUGGAGUUUCAGUGCAGAGUUAGCGGAAGACCAGCACCCAGAGUGGAGUGGAGCCGUGACGGAGAGGUGCUGUCCCGUGACGGAGACCCCCACGUGGAGUUUCUGGAGGAAGGCCAGGUGUUGAAGGUGAAGUCUGUCAGACUGAGGGACCAGGGGCUUUACCAGUGUUUGGCGAGUAAUAACGCAGGAACUCAGAUGCGGCAGUUCAAACUCACAGUGCAAGCACCCCCCACCAUCAAGGGCCCCAGUGAGACCUCAGAGGUGUCGGUGGUUCUAGGUUUCCCCACAGUCCUCCCUUGUGAUGUUGAGGGCUCUCCCACACCAAGUAUAACCUGGUUAAAGGACAACCAGCCCAUCGUGUCCAGUUCUCAGCUCACUUACACCCGUGGUGGACAGGCACUGAGACUGGGCUCAGCACAGGGAGACAGCACAGGCCUCUACACCUGCAGGGCCACAAAUCCUGCUGGCUCUGCCAUAAAACAGUAUUCUCUGAGUGUUUUGGUCCCACCGCAGAUAGAGGGGGAGUCGACACCAUUUGGUGGUCAUGUGAAGAAAGUGCGGAUCAAUGGAAGUUUGACUCUAUCCUGCCUGACCAAAGGUUUCCCUGAGCCCAAAGUUCAGUGGUUCAAAGAGGGACAGUUACUCACGGGAAACAUUCAUGCUGGCCUCCGGGAGAGUAGCCAACUCCUUGAGAUAGAGAGUGCCAUGAUGUCUCAUGAAGGGCAGUACACCUGUGUGGUCACCAACUCAGCAGGAGAGGACAAGAGAGACUUUCAUGUCACCAUUCAGGUUCCCCCAGUCUUCCACCGGGUGACUAAUAGAGAAGCAGCCUGGGGUCUUGGACACGAGGAUGAUGAAAAAGACGAUAUGGUGGACAAGCGGGAGGUAGUCCUGGGUCAUCCAAUCAGCCUGUCGUGUGAGAGUAAUGCAAUCCCUCCACCCAAGCUCAGCUGGUACAAGGAUGGACGAAAACUCACCUCUGCUGAUGGAGUGAUACUACGUCCAGGUGGUCAGGUGCUACAAGUCACCAGAGUGCAGAGAGAAGAUGCUGGAAGGUACACGUGUCAGGCUGUUAAUGAGGCUGGAGAGGACCGCAUGCACUUUGAACUGGAGAUCCUUGUCCCUCCUGUGAUCACUGGAGCGACGGAGGAAUUUAUGGAGGAGAUGGGAGCAGUGGUGAACAGCACUGUGGUCCUCCACUGUGACGCCACUGGACACCCUGCUCCAGUCAUCUCCUGGAUGAGAGAUGGACAGCCAGUGCUCUCUGACUCUCAACACCACAUCAGCAAGGAUGGGACCCAACUCCAGCUUCUCAGUGUCCAGGUUUCAGACAUGGCUGGGUAUCUGUGUGUUGCUGAGAACAAAGUUGGAACUGUUGAGAAACAUUUCAGUCUGACAGUUCAAGUUCCUCCCAGAGUUAAUGGUGGUAAAGAAGAGGAGGUCAGUGUGGUUGAGGGCCACAUGGUGUCAUUGUUGUGUGACGUCCAAGCGUACCCUCCUCCUGAAAUCACCUGGACUAAAGAUGGGCAGGUCUUGCGAUUUAGUGCAGGUCUUCACAUUCUGCCAGGUGGCCAGAUGCUACAGUUGCCUCGGGCCAGACUAGAAGAUGCUGGACAAUAUGUCUGCACAGCCACCAAUGCUGCAGGCCAGGACCAGAAGAGUAUUAUUCUCAGUGUUUAUGUCCUGCCCACCCUGAAGCCCCAUCCAAAUGCUGAGUCAGACUUGGUGACCCCACAAGUCGGCUCCUCUGUCACACUGAGAUGUGAAGCCCAUGGUGUCCCCGAGCCCGAGGUCACAUGGUACAAGAAUGGGUUUCAACUGGCUGCAGGGAAUGGACUGAAGAUGGAUCAUCAUCAGCUGCAGAUUGUCGGGGUUCAGCUGGCAGAUGGUGGUGCUUACACCUGCAAAGUAUCCAAUAUGGCUGGGCAGGUGGACAGAACUUUCAGACUGACAGUUCAUGUUCCACCUGUCCUGGACGGACCUCUCCGGGAGUCCUUGAACUACACCCUUGGCUCCCAUGUGGCCCUACUAUGUGAGGCCUCAGGGGUCCCUAUGCCAAGCAUCACCUGGCUCAAAGAUGGAACUCCUAUUGAGAGCAGUCUACAGUGGCAGUGGUCAGUUCGGGGGAACAGGCUGGAGCUGGGGCCUCUCACUCUGUCUCAUGCUGGAAUAUACACCUGUGUGGCCAAAAACAGCGAGGGGCAAACACAGAGAGACUACUCACUCACUGUGCAGGUAUCCCCUACCAUUCUGGACUCUGAACAGCCAACUGAUGUGAGUGCACCUGUGGGAGAGGAGCUGACCCUGGAGUGCAGAGCCACAGGAAUCCCAACCCCACGCCUCAGCUGGCUAAAAGAUGGAGUGACUUUAGAGGGAUCAGACACCCAACACAUCGCAGUGACCCCUGAUGGCAGCACACUUACAUUACUGAGGCUGAGCCCUGAGGAUUCUGGGACAUACACCUGUUUGGCUGCCAGCCUGGCUGGACAGGAGAGCAAAAUCUACACCCUCUUUGUACUGGUCCCACCAUCUAUCUCUGGUGAGACCACCAUCCCCAGAGAGGUGCAGGUCACUCAGGACAGUGCUGUGACUCUGGAGUGUCAAGCAGCAGGAAACCCUCCACCUCAGAUCAGCUGGCUGAAGAACGGCCGUCCUGUGCUUCUCUCCCCGCGUACACGCCUCCUGUCUGGUGAUUCUGUGCUAAGGAUUUCUCCUGUGCAGCUGUCUGACUCUGGUGUUUACACAUGCAUAGCCCGCAGUCGAGCUGGUCUUGCUGAACUCAGCUAUGAUGUCCAGGUCCAAGUGCCCCCUGGUGUGGAUCAUGUUGAACCAGUGGAGCCGGUCACAGUGGUCCGGGGAUCUUUGGUGACGUUAACGUGUGAAGCCCGAGGCGUUCCCCCUCCAACUCUGACAUGGAUGAAGGAUGGCCAGCCACUCUCCCUUCACAGAAAUCUGCUGCUGGACGGACAGGAGACCAGGCUGCAGCUGCCUGAUGUAGCACCUUCAGACGCUGGUCUCUACAGCUGUGUGGCAAGUAACCAGGCAGGAAGCAGCACAAAGAGCUUUAACCUCACCGUGCUUGAACCACCAAAGAUUUCCACUUCAAGCACUCCAGAGGAGCUGACCCUAGCAGUGAACAGUCCACUGGAGCUGGAGUGCACAGCUGUGGGAGUCCCACCUCCCACCCUCAGUUGGCUCAAAGAUGGCCACCCCUUGGCAGGAACUGAUAUUGUCCAGCAGGAUGGCCAAUUUGUCAGGAUUAGUAAAGUUCAGGUGGAGGAUGCAGGCCUGUACACCUGCUUGGCCAGCAGCCUAGCAGGAGAGGAUGGACAAAACCACUGGGUCCGAGUUCAAGUCCCGCCAACCCUUCUUGGCUCUGAUGAUGUGAGGACGCUGACAGUUCCAGUUAAUGGACAUCUGACCCUCGAGUGCCUGGCUGAUAGUGUUCCUGCUCCCAAUAUAGAGUGGUACAAGGAUGAGGCCAAACUGCAGCUGGGUGGGCGUAUCCAGCGGCUAGCAGGCGGUCAGUACCUGGAGAUACAGGAAGUCAGGCCAGAGGACAGCGGUCACUACAGCUGCGUGGUCACCAACAUCGCAGGAAGCACCAGUCUGUUUUUCACAGUGGAGAUUCUCUUACCACCAGUGAUAAAGGAGGGCAGCACAGUGGUGACAGCACAUGUCGGCCAGGAUGCAGUUCUACCUUGUGAGGUUGAAGGUGACCUUUCCACUACGGUCAUGUGGAGGAAAGAUGGCUUCCCUGUAACAAAAGAUAGCAAUAAGUACACUUUCUUAUCAGAGGGCUCCUUGCGUGUUCAUGGGGUUAAGCUGAGUGAUGCAGGUCGCUAUUACUGCACUGUGUCUAACCAGGCUGGCUCAGACCACAGAGGAAUGGAUCUACGAGUGUUUGUGGGUCCUUCCAUCAGUCCUGGUCCAUUCAAUUUGACAGCAACCACAGGUAUAAGAGCUUUGCUUAGCUGUGAGACUACAGGUAUUCCCUCACCUACAGUGUCCUGGAAGAGAAAUGGCACACCACUUGAUAUAAACCAGCAACCUGGUGCAUACAGGUUACUCUCCUCUGGGUCCUUGGUUCUUCUGACACCGUCCACUGAGGAUGAAGGUUACUUUGAAUGCACUGCUGUCAAUGAAGUUGGGGAGGAGCGCAGGGUCAUUGAGGUCUUCAUGCAAGUCCCACCAUCCAUUGAAGAUGAUGUCACGACAGUCACAGCUGUGAAGAUGUCUCCUGUGGUUUUGCCAUGUCACGUACAAGGACGACCUCAGCCCACCAUCACCUGGACAAAGGGAGGAGCCAAACUGGGCUCCAGAGGAGGGACCUACCGUGUCCUACCCACUGGAGUGUUGGAGAUAACUGCUGCUGUGCCGAGUCAUGCUGGCAGGUACACAUGCUCAGCCCGCAACCCAGCUGGAGUGGCUCACAAACACAUCUCUCUCACUGUGCAAGAGCCCCCAGAGAUCAGGCCAAUGGCAGAGGAAGUGCAAGUGGUGUUGCAUCAUGGGACUGUUCUGUCCUGUAUAGCACAAGGCCUUCCCAGGCCGUCCAUCACCUGGCAAAGAGAGGGGGUUCCUAUCGCAGCAGGUCACAGGCUGGCUGUGCUCUCAAAUGGAGCUCUGAAGUUUUCUCGUGUCACACUUGGCGAUGCAGGGACCUAUCAGUGUCUGGCAAAGAACGAUGCUGGUGUAGCCAUUGGCAAGACGAAACUUGUUCUCCAAGUUCCACCAGUGUUGAGUGUGCCUCGAGUGGAGUACACUUCAGUGUUAGGUCAGCCAGUCAGUCUGGAGUGCGUGGCCGAUGGGCAACCCCAGCCUGAAGUUAGCUGGCACAAAGAGAAGAGGCCUUUAGUUGACGGUGCUCACAUACGAAUCUUUGCCAAUGGAACCCUGGCCAUCACUUCGACCCAGCGCAGUGACGCAGGCCUAUACACAUGUACAGCCAAAAACCUUGCUGGCAGAGCCAGCCAUGACAUGAGGUUGGUUAUUCAAGUCCCACCCAUGAUUCCUCCAUCGCAGACUGAACUGUCAGUCAUUCAAGGAUUCCAGGCACUGCUGCCCUGUGCUGCUCAGGGUUCACCAGAUCCCAGGGUAUCAUGGGAAAAGGACGGUACAUCUGUGCCCAACCUGCCAGGCAAAUUCACCAUCCUUCGAUCAGGAGAGCUAAUUAUCGAGAGGGCUGAGAUGGGGGAUGCUGGUGCGUUCACGUGUGUGGCAACCAAUGCAGCUGGCUCUGUGAGACAAGACAUCCGACUGUCCAUCAACAUGAGGCCAGCCUUCAAGGAGCUGCCGGGUGAUGUUACCCUCAACAAAGGGCAGAGUCUGGUCCUUUCCUGCCAAGCUCAGGGAACUCCCAAUCCUGUCAUCUCCUGGACCAUCAACAACAGUCCUUACCCAGGUGCGACUGUAGACGAGGCAGGCAGGAGCUCUGUGAUUGUUGACAAUGUGACAAUGAGUGAUGCUGGAACCUACGUGUGCAUAGCAGAAAACAGCGUGGGCUCCAUCCGAGCACUCUCAUUUGUCCGUAUUAGAGAGCCUCCAGUGUUGAAGGGUGAAGCUCACAUGUCUCAGACAGUCAUCCAGGGAGGCUCUGCUGUCCUUGACUGCCCUGUCCACGGAGACCCCAGUCCUAUCCUCCGCUGGCUCCGAAAUGGACAAGCACUACUCCGCUCGCUCCGAAUGCAAGCACUUCACAAUGGAUCCUUGAUCAUUUACCGCAUCACUGCUGCAGAUGAAGGGGAGUACCAGUGUGUGGCUGAGAGUGAAGCUGGAACAGCUGAGAGGACCAUUACUCUCAAAAUUCAGAUCAAUGGAGGCUACUCAAACUGGGAGGAAUGGGGUCCAUGCAGUAGUACUUGUGGACAGGGCUUCCAAGAACGCGUAAGAAUAUGCAACAACCCAGAACCAGCAAAUGGCGGUAGACCAUGCAGCGGCCCCAAUACAGACUCAAGGAAAUGUCAAACCGGUCUCUGUCCAGGAGAGACUCCUCGAAAGACCAGAGGCAGCCUGACUGGCAUGGUGAACGAGAGAGAGUUUGGUGUGUCUUACCUGGAGGCCAAUAUUACAGACAAUGAGGUGGAGGGGAGCAGCACUCUGCAGGCACGCCUGGACAGCAUACCUCCAACUGUGGGUCCUUUGAUGAGGGUGCUGGUGCCUGUGUUUGCUCCCAUGUACUGGACCACUGUGCUGCAAAACGGAGCAGCUAGAAAUGGCUUCUCCCUCACUCAGGGCCGGUUCAGACAGGAGUCUCAGCUGGAGUUUGAGACUGGGGAGAUUCUCCAUUUGACCCAUGUUGCCAGAGGUCUGGAUUCUGAGGGAGUCUUAUUAAUUGACAUCGUAAUUAACGGAUUUGUGCCUCCUUCAUUGACAUCAUCUCAUCUAAGCCUUCAGGAGUUCGAUGAAUCAUACCUGCAGACAGGCCAAGGACAGCUGUACUCGUGGUCUUCACAGACCCACCAGAGAGAAGGAAACCCCUUGGUGCUACGCUGCAACCAAACCAUUAUUUAUGAGGGCCAGGAGGAACGCCAGGGCCCUCUGCUGCAGCUGCUCAAGGUCUCUGGGAUGAACAGUGUCUACAACAUGUUUACCCUCACGGUCGACUUCCACAUCACUGCCAGCCUUCUGGUACCAGAUGGUUAUGAUGAAACAUGCCCUAAAGGUUUCAGUCUUGACACAGCCUCCUACUGUGCUGAUGAAGACGAGUGUGCACUCCAGUCUCCUUGCUCCCACUCAUGUAACAACAUCAUGGGAGGAUUUUCCUGUUCAUGCCCCUCUGGCUUCACCAUCCCUACAGAUGCGAACACAUGCACCGAUAUCGACGAGUGUUCCCAGGGCUCGCACAUGUGCCACUACAACCAGCAGUGUGUCAAUACAGUGGGUGCAUAUCGCUGCCAGGCCAAGUGUGGACCAGGAUUCAAACCCAGCAUCACAGGAAGCAGCUGUGAAGAUGUGGAUGAGUGCCAAGAGUCAGCCCUCUCCCCUUGCCAACAUCAGUGUCUCAACACCCUGGGCUCCUUCCGCUGUAUCUGCCAUCCUGGAUACCAGCUGUCUGGACAUCGCUGCAUUGACAUCAAUGAGUGCAUGAGGAAUGUGUGCCCAGCUCACAAGGAGUGCCAAAACACAGAGGGAGGAUACCAGUGUCUUGACAGCUGCCCAGCUGGCAUGACCAAAGCAGAGAGUGGAGCCUGUGUUGAUAUUGACGAGUGCCAGGAUGGAAGUCAUAUGUGCCGCUACACUCAGAUCUGUCAGAAUACAAUCGGAGGAUAUGGUUGUGUUUGUCCAAGAGGUUACAGGUCCCAGGGAGUAGGCUUCCCAUGCCUAGACAUAGACGAGUGUGUGCAGGCGCCAAACCCCUGUGCCUUCCAGUGCCGCAACGUGCCUGGCAGCUUCAGGUGCCAGUGUCCUCCUGGUACCGUGCUGCUCGGAGACGGGCGCUCCUGUGCUGGGCUGGAGAGGGGGACCACUUUCACCAACGGCACCAGAGUCAGGGCAAGACUCCGCCCACAGCUGGUGUCAUCUCUUGGCAGGCCAAUCCUGUCGCGUACACAGGGAGUGUCUCGCAUUACCAGACAGAGCUGUCCUGCAGGGUACACCAACCGAGAUGGCACGUGUGUUGAUGUUGAUGAGUGUCUGCUCAGGAAGCCAUGUCAGCACAAGUGCCGAAACACCAUUGGCAGUUUCCAGUGUCAGUGUCCCCCCGGUUACCAGCUCUUACCCAACAGAAGGAGCUGUAAAGACAUCGACGAAUGUGUAGAACAAGGCAUCAAAUGUGGACACAAUCAGAUGUGUUUCAAUACCAGAGGUGGAUAUCAGUGCCUAGACACGCCCUGCCCUGCAUCAUAUCACAGCGGAAGAAGCCCCGGGACCUGCUACAGGCUUUGCUCCUCUCUGGAUUGUGCAGCAGCAGGAGGCUUUCCUCUGCUGCUGCAGUACAAGCUGCUCACACUCCCAUCAGGUAUCCCCUCCAAUCACAACGUCGUACGACUGUCGGCUUUCUCAGAGUCAGGUGUUCUGCAGGAGCGUACGUCCUUCACCAUACUGGAGCAAGAAUCAGAGACAGGUGUUCUGGGCCGAGUGUUUGGCAUCAGAGACGAGACAGGCAGAGGGAUCAUUUUCACACUGAGGCCUCUGGACAGACCAGGACUGGUGCGGCUCAAGGUGCAGGCCACCACCAUUUCACCACAGGGACGCAUCACCUACCAGAGCAUCUUCAUCAUCUACAUCUCCAUAUCAACAUACCCGUACUGAGACUUUUCCCUGACUGCUCUACUGAUGACUCUGCCCCUCAGUGGCCUCAAAUCCCCCAAAACCCUGUGACAAGGACACGGGCCCCACAAAGAAGAUUAAACACACAAGAUAAAUCCGACGUGGUUAGCAAGACGAUCCAUUGAAGAUGUGUUCCCAAGCCUGUGACUGAAUCGAUGGGUGCAUCUUUCCAAUCAAUAAUGAAAACGCAGAAUGUAAAGAAGUGUAAUCUCAUUGAGCACAGAGAUUUUUAUGUUCUGCUCUCUAUCAUUGUGUAUAUUAGUUUUGCUCACUCUGGGACAGAUUUCUUCUCAUAUGUUUGCAUCCUGCACUUACAAACAGAAGUCUUUCCACAUCUUUGAAACUGUAUGAUGUCCCCCCUCUUAUUUUAAUUUAUUUAAGUCAUUGAAUGCAUCACUGGUUUACCAUCUGUCCCAGAGGGUUUGAGGUAAUAAGAUUCUACCAGCAUUGUUAUGACAAUCCUUAGAUGGCACAUUGUAACAGUGGCUUGUAGGUAGUGACAGUGUUUGAUCCAUUUUAUGUGUUUUUGUACUCUUUUGUAACAUUUUUUAUCAUGUGAGAAAGUGUAAAGGUGCUAUUCUGAAUGUAGCUUUUUAGUAAAGAACUUCCCUGUGUUGAUGAUGCAAGUGGUGUUCAUUACAAGAAAAGAUGGCAGUUAUUAAACACUCACUAUGUAUUUAUUUUCUGCAGUGUGGCAUUGGCUAAUCUGGUUUAUCUAAUCUGGAUUCACGUCACUUACAACAUUUUAGUUUUCUUCUUUAAAUAUUUGGUGCCAUCCCACAAGUGCCUUCAUAUUGACAAAUCUGAGAAGGGAAGUUAUGAAAACCAAAAUAUGCAACAAUUGCAGUCAAAAUAUCUGUUCUCUCUUUGCAAGUGAAACAUUUCCCUGUUGUUGUGUGAGUGUUUAAUAUUUGUACAAAUAAAAAGGCCAACACUUUU